UCACUGCUGCAGGAUUCAUUCACCUGGUGGAAAAUUCUGGUGAUCCCUGGCUCAAAGGUAGAAAUUCACAGAAUAUAACAUAUUUUGAGUCCAUUUACCUGGUCAUGGCAACAGUGUCAACUAUUGACUUUGAAGAUGUGGUGGCCAAGACAUGCCUAGGAUGGACCUUCAUCAUUUUCUUCACUCUGGGGAGUUUGAUACUGUUUGCAAACUAUGUCCUUGAAAUGGUGGAACUUUUUGCCAACAAGAGAAAAUACACCAAGUGGUCAAAGGGAAGAAGUUCAUCGUGGUGUGUGGGAACAUCACUGUUGACAGUGUGACUGCCUUCCUGAGGAAUUUUCUCCACCACAAGUCAGGGGAAAUCAACACCGAGAUUGUUUUCCUGGGAGAGGUUCCUCCUUCUUUGGAAUUGGAAACCAUAUUUAAAUGCUACAUGGCCUAUACAACUUUUAUUUCUGGAUCUGCACUGAAAUGGGAGGAUCUGAGGUGAGUUGCGGUGGACUCUGCAGAAGCAUGCUUUAUCAUAGCCAACCCUUUGUGUAGUGAUCCACAUGCUGAAGAUACUUCAAACAUUGUGUGCUCUCUAUCAAGAACUACCCUAAGACCAGAGUCAUCAUACAGAUACUUCAGUCCCAUAACAAGGUUUUCCUGCCAAAGAUUCCCAGCUGGAACUGGAAUGCUGGAGACAACAUUAUCUGCUUUGCUGAAUUAAAGCUCGGAUUUAUCGCCCAAGACUGUUUGGUGCCAGGCUUGUGCACCUUUCUGACAUCUCUAUUUGUUGAACAAAACCAAAAGGUUUGUCCUAAAAAGCCCUGGCAAAAAUAUUUCUGUAACAGCCGGAAGAACAAAAUCCUGACUCAGCGUCUCUCCGAUGACUUUGCUGGAAUGAGUUUUCCUGAAGUUUCCCUUGGUCUAAUAUUAAAUCCACCUGCAGAAGUUAGGCUGCAUAAGAAUACAUUAGGGUUCUUUAUAGCCGAAUCUACAAAGGAUGUCAAAAUAGCCGCCUUUUACUGUGCCACCUGUCACAAUGAUGUGUACACUCCUGAGCUCAUUGGAAAAUGUAGCUACAAAAGCAAGAAUCAUCAACAUAUCAUAGAUAUAACGCCGAUUAAAAAGAAGAGCAGCCGGAAAGAAUUCUCCUCUGCCACACCAAGGGGUUCUUUCCCAAGGGAGCAGUAAAAAAUGACGAGCAGCUUGAGCAUUGCCACCAGGACUUUUCUGUAUGAAACGGAAGACAAUUCUGACCAGCUUGACAGCAGUGGCAUGUUUCACUGGUGCAAAGCAACCCCUUUGGACAGGGUGAUUCUGAAAUGAACUGAUGAGACAAAAUACAGAUUUUGAAACCACGUGGUAGCUUGUGUCUUCAGAGAGGCUCACUCAACGCUGAUGGAGCUUCAGAAUUUUGUAAUGCCCUUGAGAACUAGCAACUAUACCCGGCAGGAGCUGAAGGACAUUGUGUUCAUUGGCUCUCUAGAUUACCUGCAGAGAGAAUGGCUCUUUCUCCAGAAUUUUCCCCAGAUAUACAUUCUGCCUGGGCCUGCACUCUUUCUUGGGGACCUCUGUGCAGUCAGCCUAGAGGAGUGUUCCAUGUGUGCUGUCAUAUCCUCGCCAUCCAUGUCAUCGAGCAGCCAGACUUUGAUGGACACAGAGGCCAUCAUGGCCACCCUCAACGUCGGAUCACUGAAGAUCAGCUGCUCUGCCCAGACAGAGCAAGAGGAGCUAUCACAGCGCUCCAGUAAAUGUCCUGGGAAAUCAAAAUACCAAAGAGUCCCCAUCCUCACUGAACUGAAGAAUCCUUACAGCAUCCACUUCAUUGAACAGCUUAGUGGAAUGGAAGAUCACCUCUCAGUAACAAGCCUGCACCUCAGCACUGCUUUUUCCACAAGGCGCUAUCUUUUCUGGCAGCUUCUUUAACUCCCUCCUGGCCACAGCCUUCCACAAUUAUCACGUUCUGGAAUUACUUCAGAUGCUGGUAACAGGAGGGAUAAGUUCUCAGCUGGAACAACAUUUGGAUAAGGAUUUCUUCUGGCUGACCGAAAGCUGCGCUUCAGUUUUGUCUGGAAGAAUGAGGUAUAAGCUGGGGCUUCUGUCCUUAAACCAAACGGUUUUGUCAGAUAUUCAAGUGAGUCUCCUCUUAUCAUGAUCAAGUUUCCCACUUCCUUAGCUCAGAGUGUCUGAAAAUGACCCA